AAUACACAUUAUUACAUUACUGUCAAUGUCAUCUAUACAUGAAUUUAAUGUUAUUUUGUUUGAUAUGUAUCGCAGGUAUAAUUCUGAAAUUUGAUUGAAGGAGUUUAUUUGUAAUAAAAAAAAAACAUAAUUUUUAUCAUGUUAUAAAAUAAAAGAGCAUAUAAUUAAUGAUAUAAUCUAAUUUUUGCAUUUUAUUUUGAUUGAAUAUAUAUGUUGGCGAUCAUGGUUUCAGUUACGUCAAAUAUACUGUCAUUGACAUUUUGAAACUAAAAAUCCUUUAAGGAUACAAGAUCACAUCUUAUUUAUAAUUUUAGGGUAAUAAAAUUUUGCUAAGGUAUAUUUAUCUAAUAACUAUGAAAAUCACAAAUGCAUUUUGCACUGACAAAUGUACAAAAAUUAAAGGAACAUCUGAUGGGACGUUGCAGUGUAAAUGUGGAGAAGACAUUGGUAUAUUUAUUUGGCAUUGGUCACCAACACACAGUUCACCUGAUACAGGAAUAUCAAAUGAAAACAAAGACAUUUUGUUUCAUCCUUGUUAUAGUUCGGGUACUGCUGCUGUAAGAGGUGAUAUGCAAUUUAAACCAAAUUUGCACUAUUAUUGGGAAGUAAAAAUGAUUUCUAACAUGUAUGGAACUGAUGUUAUGGUUGGAAUUGGUACUUCAAAAGUGAUAUUUGCUGACUGGAAGUUCAGAUUUUGCAGCUUGUUAGGCAUUGAUUCCCAAUCUUGGGGCUAUUCAUAUCAUGGUCUCAUUCAGCAUGAUAAAUUAUUAUGUAAAUAUGGAUCAAAAUUUGGGUUGGGUAGUAUUAUUGGUGUUCAUUUAGAUAUGUGUAAAGGCACUUUAGAAUAUUAUUUAGACAGAAAGCCGUUAGGUAUUGCUUUUACUGGAAUCAAAGGCUAUGAAUUGUAUCCCAUGGUUAGUUCUACUGCUGCUCAAUCAGCUGUUAGAUUAGUAUGUUCUGUAUCAGAAGCACCAACUCUACAAAUGCUUUGCAUGCAGUUUAUUUCUAAACAUCGUUCUCUAUACCAAAAAUAUCAAGAAAUUCCUGGUUUAAAAAGGGUGUAUGAAAAAAAAUAUUUUUGGAUUGUACCGAACUUUGUUAUAGAUGAAGACAAAGCUAAGCGUCUUGCAGAAAUAGAAGAUUAUGUAAUGUGCCCAAUAAGUUACAAAAACUUUUUGAAAAGUCAUAAAAAGCUGAGAACAACUUCAUGGUUUCCUUCAGACUUUAAUAUGGAUGAAAGUGAUUCUAGUUUGACUACUUCGUCUUCCAACUAUAAAUGAUAACAAAAUGUGAUAUUAUAUUGGAUAGAAAAACUGUGCACUUGCAGCUAAUGAGGCUGUGAUUUAUCUCAAAAUUAUUUUAUUUUAACAAAAUUUAUACAAUGUGCUAAUAAGAUAUUAUUAAUACUAUAUAAGAACUUAGUCACAUUUUCUGUCAAUUUAAUAAUGUGUAAUUUUAUAGGCUAUUUGACCAUAAUUUUGAAUCAUUUUCUUCGAAAUAAUUCAUUUUGACCAUUUCUACGAAAUAUUUUGCAUCUUUAUUGCUUUUAAGGUACAAUAAUCUCAAUAGUAUGGUUGUUUUUUGCAUUCAUGUCCAAACUCUCUAAAAGAAUGAAACCAGAUUAAAUCAUUUCAUUAAAAUAGUUUGUUAAAGCAUUUUUAAAAACCGACUUUAGUACUUCUCUUUUGUCUUUUAUUGAUUGAAAAUGAGUGCCUGGAAAUAAUAAUGUAGUUUUACAAAGAAAGAGAAAUACAAUGCUUGUUCAUCGAAUUUUGGGCCAGAAACUGAUGAUGGCUUUAUAAGAUUGUGCAUAAUUGGGAUGCAAAAUACAGGAGUUUUCAUUCCACAAAUUCGUAGUUUCAGAAAAUAUGCUCUCUAAAAUGUAGUAUAAUACUCUUAAGUAUUUAUUCACUGUUUUUCUAGAGAGAAUUAACAUCUAUAUAUUCAAUAGAUUUUUUUAAGUCCAGUUUAUAUAUACCGUUUUGAAGCUUGUUUUGAUGGGAUUGUAUGUGAAUGAUCCAUCUCUAAUUACAAUGUAUGACUGUGAGUUAGUGAUUGAUUCAUUCUAGUUUUUCUCCAGAAACAUUAAAA